CUCGCGAGAACUCGUGUCUUCAAACCUUCCCAUGAGCCUUUUCGCUCCCUCUUUCUAGCCGGCGCCUGAGAAUGGGUAUCUCAAGGGACAACUGGCACAAACGCCGCAAGACCGGCGGUAAACGCAAGCCCUACCAUAAGAAGAGGAAGUAUGAGCUCGGACGCCCUCCUGCAAACACAAAGAUUGGACCUCGUCGUAUCCACACAGUGAGGGUGCGAGGUGGGAACAAGAAAUACCGCGCUCUGAGGUUGGACAACGGAAACUUCUCAUGGGGCUCCGAAUGCUGUACACGCAAGACCAGAAUCAUCGAUGUGGUCUACAACGCCUCCAACAACGAGCUGGUCAGAACCAAGACCCUGGUGAAGAACUGUGUUGUCCUGGUGGACAGCCUUCCCUACAGGCAGUGGUAUGAAGCUCACUAUGCUACACCUCUUGGACGCAAGAAAGGAGCCAAACUGACUCCUGAUGAAGAGGAGGUUCUGAACAAGAAGAGGUCAAAGAAGACCCAGAAGAAAUACGAUGAGCGGAAAAAAGUGGCAAAGAUCAGCCCUCUGCUUGAGGAGCAGUUCUUACAGGGAAAGCUGCUCGCUUGCAUUGCUUCCAGGCCAGGUCAGUGUGGGAGAGCAGAUGGCUACAUCCUGGAAGGCAAGGAACUGGAGUUCUACCUGAGGAAGAUCAAGGCCAAAAAAGGCAAAUAGAUGUACAGCUGUUUGAUACUCCAAUAAAAUCCAAUGUUCCAAAAC